AUGCUGUACAAGUUAAUUUAUUUUAAUUUUAUUACUUUACUGCUAUUAAUACCUUCUGUGUAUCUUAAAUUAAGCAAAUCAGACCCAGGAGAAAAUACAUUUUAUGAAGAAGAACUAGAGAAUAGACAUGAAAUAUCUGAAAAUGAAAAGGAAGGAAUGGUAGAUCAAAAAAUUUAUAAAAAGAUGGGCGAGUAUGAUGUAGUUGUCGUACAACAUUAUUAUCAUUAUAAUGUUGAUCAGUAUCGUAAUAUUAGUGGUCAUGUUGAUUAUGAUUUGAAAAAAAAACCUUACAAACCAAAAAGUCAUGGUGGUCGUAUUUAUUAUAGUAUUCAUCAUCAUUAUUAUUAUUGGCUUGUAGAUUGCCAACCCCCACAUAAUUGCAAACCUCCAUAUUGUAAGCCUCCACCAUGUAAGCCUCAUCCACCAUGUACAACUCUUCCUCCUCCAACAUGUGAACCAUGUCCACCCCCAACAACCUGUGAACCAUUAGAAACAACUUCAAGAGUAAUAACACCAUUUACAACUCCAACAAAUAAACCAACACCUAAUGGAACAACAUCAAGAAGAACAACACCAAGAAAAACGACACCAAGAAAAACAACACCAAGAAGAACAACUCCAAAAAAAACAACUCCAACAGAAAAACCAACACCUGAAGAAACAACACCAAUAAAAACAACUACACCGGAAGAACCAACACCUGAAGUAACAACACCAAGAAGAACAACAUCAAGAAGAACAACACCAAGAAGAACAACUCCAAGAAGAACAACUCCAAAAAAAACAACUCCAACAGAAAAACCAACACCUGAAGAAACAACACCAAUAAAAACAACUACACCGGAAGAACCAACACCUGAAAGAACAACAUCAAGAAAGACAACACCAAGAAGAACAACUCCAAGAAAAACAACUCCAAGAAAAACAACUCCAAGAAAAACAACUCCAAGAAAAACAACUCCAAGAAAAACAACUCCACCAGAAGAAUCAACACCUGAAGUAACAACACCAAGAAGAACAACAUCAAGAAGAACAACACCAAGAAGAACAACACCAAGAAGAACAACUCCAAGAAAAACAACUCCACCAGAAGAACCAACACCUGAAGUAACAACACCAAGAAAAACAACACCAAGAAAAACAACACCAAAAAGAACAACUCCAACAGAAAAACCAACACCUGAAGGAACAACACCAAUAAAAACAACUCCAACAAAGAAACCAACAACAACACAAAAGAAGACAACAACAAAGAAAACAACACCAAAUGAAACAACUAAAAAAACAACACCAUCAACAACAACAACUUCUUUUAAUAACUGUGAAGAAAUAAGAGACUUUUAUCUUGGUAGAUAUGAAUCUACAAUUGUAGUUAAUGUUACAAAAUAUCCCUCACCUGAAAGAUGUGAAGAAUGUUAUAAAGAAACAUUUGACCACAAAGUUUAUAAUAGAUAUAAAUAUUUUGAAAAUUUAACUGAUGAAAGGACAGUUAAAUUUAUUGAUAAGCUUAAUGAAAUGUCAGAAAGUUAUUUAAAAAAAAGUACAAUUAGAAAUUAUCUUAAACAAAAACUUACAACAUUUUCAACAUUUACUAAAUAUAAUUCAUAUAGAAAAUAUGGUGAAUAUUAUUAUUAUACAGUUCAAAGUAGUCUUAAAAAUCAUUUUGUUUUAAAGAGAAGUCUUGAAUAUGAUGGUAAAGGAGAAACAUUCUUUGAUGUAAAUUUAAUGGAUCCAAGUGGAAGAACAAGUCUAGUUGAUUAUAUGUUCUCAUCAAAUAAUAAAUAUAUGGCUUAUUUACUUUCAGUUGAUAGAAAAUAUUUUAAUACUAUUAGAUUUAAAUAUACUUCUGGUGAAGAUAUGGAAGAUGUUUUAGAAAAUGUUAUUUUAUCAAAAAUGGCUUUUGCUUAUGAUGGAUAUGGAUUCUUUUACUCAGCAUUGGUAAAUGAAGAUGGAAAAAUUGUUUCUGACUUUAGUAGUAAACAAAUUUAUCAUUCAUUGUUUUAUCAUAGAAUGGGUACAUUACAAAAAGAGGAUGUAUUGGUAGCUAGUUAUCAAAAUGAAAAAAAUAUGUUUGUAAAUGGAGUAGUUUCAGGUGAUGGUAGAUAUUUGUUUGUUUACUACUUUAGUGGAAUAGGUAGAAGUAAAAAUAUGAUAUAUUAUUAUCCAUUAGAAUCAAUUAAAAAAGAUCAAAUUAAAGGAAAACUUAAUUUGAAAAAUCUUUUUACUAAUUUUGAUGCAUAUUAUCAAGUUGUUUAUUCAGAUAAAACUUAUAUUGAUGUUUUAACAACAAAAUAUACCUCAACAGGACAUGUUAUAAGAGUUAAAUUUUCUGAAGUUGGUAAAGGACCUAGUAAAUGGAAAAAGAUUAUUAAAUCACAUCCAAGUAUGGUACUUCAAUAUGUUAAACCAGUAGGUGAAAAAUAUUACAUUGCUAAAUAUUUGAAUCUCUUUACUAAUGUUUUUUAUAUUUAUGAAAGAAAUACUGGUAAAUAUAUUACUGAACUUAGUAUUGAAAAAGGUAGAGCUAGUUUUGUUUUUAGUAGUAUAAAAACUAAUAAAUUCUUUAUUAAAAUUUCAAGUUUAAAGAUACCACAAAUUAUUUAUACUGGUGAUUUAUCUGAAUUAAAGAAUAAUAAUCAAAAUGUUACAUUAAAUAUAUUUGGUCAUGUAAAAAUAAAAGGUAUAACAGAAAGUUCAUUUGUUACAGAAAAAUUAAUGUAUACUAGUAAAGAUGGAACUGAAGUUCCAAUGUUAAUUUACUAUAGAAAAGGUAUUUCAUUAAACGGUAAAAAUCCUCUAAUUCUUGAAGCAUUUGGUAGCUAUGGUGCUGGAACUCUUCCAGAAUAUAAUCCAGCAGUAUUAUUAUUUUCCAAUCAUUUCCGUGGAAUAUAUGCUGUUGCUGCUGUUAGAGGAAGUGGUGAUUAUGGAGAAGAUUGGCAUGAACAAGGUAAACUUCAUAAUAAACAUAAUACUUUUGAAGACUUUAUUUCUGCUACUGAAUUUUUAAUUAGAUCAAAUUACACUCGACCAUCUAAAUUGGCUAUUCAUGGUGUAAAAGAAGGUGGACUUUUAACAACUGUUGUAUCAAGAAGAAGACCAGAAUUGUAUGGUUCAGUUGUCACACAAAUUGCUCCAUUAGAUUUGUUGAAUAAUGAUAGUUACACUAACUCACCAUCUUGGAGAUCAGAAUUUGGUGAUUUAAGCAAGAGAAGUGACUUUGAAAAUUUAUUGAGUUAUUCUCCAUUACAUAAUUUGCAAAUGCCAAAUAGACCUAUUCAAUGGCCUUGUACAUUACUUACAGGAGAAUUAGUAAAUAACAAAGUAUUUACAACUCAUACAUUAAAAUAUGUUGCUGAAUUGUAUAAUACACUUAAAUCAGGAAUUAAACAUCAAAGAAAUCCUGUAUUUGUUAGAAUAUCUAAAGAUAGAGGAUUCCAUAAAUAUGUAGAUGCUGAACAAAAAGUUGAAGAAUUAGUUGAUAUAUUUGCUUUCAUAAAAGAAACAUUAAAUAUAAAAUGGAGAUACUAA